CGUUGCUACACCUUGUGGAAAGCAAAUUCAACAUCAUCAAAUGUAAACGCCUGUCAGCCUUUGGAUAAUGGUGUUUGUCUUGGUGCCCUUUGCGACCGAAGCAUGUCGUGACCGCGCGUCACGAUGGUAUACAUAAUUGGAAACCUUGGUAACACGUAUAAAAACCGAAGGCAUCGAAGCUAUGCGUAUCGUUCAGUCGCGAAAAGCUGCGCACUCUAUGCUUACUCGGUGAGACUGUAUGUAGGCACGCUUUUUCUUUGGAACCUUGUACCUGCCAGAGAAAGCAACCCUUCGCAUAAUAAGAUAACAAAAUGAAUAUAAAGACGACUAUAUUGUGUACCAUCGUUCUCGCGUUGGUGUCAAGUGCUGUCUCGUCGGCGGAAGUUGAAUGCUCUUUCCAUGACAAGCACCUGGAAAGCUCGAUACACGACUUUAUCGCUAAGCUGCCCACUGAGCGCAUCGAGACUGUGGACGAGGACGAGGAACUUCCUGCUCAAUUCAACUCGAGUCAGUUUAAAUUCGUUGGCCUGAACUCUUUUCGACCUUUCGGACCAUAUUUUACUUUUUGUCCGAACGGGACUAGGGUGGUGCAGUUCGACCUCGUCAACGAAAAACCCUUGGUCCUGAUUGGAUCAUUCACCGCGCAAAAUGGCACACGACACGAAGUCGAGAGCAAAGCACUUCUUGUUAGGUUCACGACGCAGUUCGAAGUCGAAGGAAUCGGAGAGAACGUCAAGCUGCAUUAUAGAGUCAACAUGCCAGUGUCCUUGGUGGGGCUGUCUUUCAGGGUCAAAGGUUUGGAUGAGAAGAGCGACGAAGUUGUGAAGAUUGCUGCUUUCCUUCAACCGCACUUUCUUCGUGACUUGUGGCAUGGCAUGCUCUUCUCAGAACUUGAAGCCCUCUUCUCUGAAAUUCUGGAGAAGAGUAAAUAAGAACAUGACUGCUCUUGUGGUUAAGCAGGGUCGUUAUGUACAUAUAGCUUAAGCGUAUCGCUUGCUCUGCAAGCUCAGUUUCUUCUCUGUUUCCUGCAUGAUACAUAAAGAGUAUAUAUUUUCAUAUUUCGUGUGCGCUAACGCAAUUCUGCCACUGCCUAAAUGAUGUCUUGGAAGUAAAAAUGUUCUCUCCGGCUUGUACUCAAUAUGCGACUACUUUGCUAAGGAAAGCCGCUAUUUCUACCCUUAUGACGUAUAAAUAAUAGACGAGAAGCGUUAGAAGAGGAAAACUAAUAAGUAUUGCUCUGGCAGUAAACAAUAAUUUCACUGCUGGUUAACAAUAUAAAGAGUGCUUGUUACGAAAAUAAUUUUACCAUUGUUUACGUAACACAUUAUGUUGUGGACGUUUUUUUUUCUUCAAAUAAACAGACGCACGAUUUGCGCGUUGUACACUA